GCGGCGCUGCCCAGUUGAAGGCUUGGAUUUCUCCCAGCAACCCCAAUCGUCGCUCUGGGGGGGCUUGGUCGCUCGAGGUGCUGGAGUGGCGGUAGUAAUGAUAGUAGCGAUCGUCGGGGCUCAAUUAGCUGGUUGUAGUAUGACAUUUAGUGGGAGAGGGCUGCAUGCUUUGCAAUUUGAUUACUUUUGUCAGCUGUGUGUACGACUGUAGAACGCGGUGCAGAGACAGACACGAAUCUAACUUGUCGAGGCGGCAGCGGAGCAGCAGUCGGAGCGCUGAAGUGAAGAGCAUCGCGAGCGAUGCAGUCGUCCUCGAUGGAAGGAUCAUCGUCCAGCGAAGGUGACCUGUUUACGGUGAAGCACGAGCUAAGAGAUGCUAACCUGACGGGUCACGUGGAGAAGGUUGGAAUCGAGAAUUUUGAGCUGCUCAAGGUACUGGGCACCGGAGCCUACGGCAAGGUGUUCCUGGUGCGCAAGGUGAGCGGACACGACGCCGGGAAGCCGUACGCCAUGAAGGUGCUGAAGAAGGCCACCAUCGUGCAGAAGGCCAAGACGGCGGAGCACACGCGCACCGAGCGUCAGGUCCUGGAGCACAUCCGCCAGUCGCCCUUCCUGGUCACGCUGCACUACGCCUUCCAGACGGACACGCAGCUGCACCUCAUCCUGGAUUACGUGAGCGGCGGGGAGCUCUUCACGCACCUGGUGCAGAGGGUGCGUUUUGCGGAGCAGGAGGUGGCUCUGUACGGCGGAGAGAUCGCGUUGGCCCUGGAGCACCUGCACAAGCUAGGGAUUGUUUACCGAGAUCUGAAACUGGAGAACAUCCUGCUGGACUCAAACGGCCACAUUGUUCUCACCGACUUUGGUCUCAGCAAAGAGUUUGAUGAUGCCGAGAGAGCGUACUCCAUGUGCGGCACCAUCGAGUACAUGGCUCCGGAGAUCGUGGAAGGCGGGCAGGGCGGCCAUGACAAGGCGGUGGACUGGUGGAGCCUGGGAGUGCUGAUGUACGAGCUGCUCACAGGGGGGUCGCCCUUCACCGUGGACGGCCAUGAGAACUCCCACACAGACAUCUCCAGGAGGAUCCUCAAGAAAGACCCUCCCUUCCCGAAGGACAUGGCACCGCUAGCCAAAGACAUCAUUCAGAGGCUGCUCAUCAAGGACCCCAAGAAGAGGCUGGGCUCUGGGUCCUCGGGUGCCGAGAGUGUGAAGGGACACCCGUUCUACCAGAGGAUUAACUGGGAGGACCUGGCUGCCAAGAGGGUCCCGGCGCCGUUCAAGCCCGCCAUUCGGGACGAGCUGGAUGUGAGCAACUUUGCGGAGGAGUUCACGGAGAUGGAGCCCACCUACUCCCCUGCUGCCCUACCUCAGAGCUGUGACCGCAUCUUCCAGGGGUACUCCUUCGUGGCUCCCUCCAUCCUGUUCAAGCAUAAUGCGGUGAUGGACGACCUGUCCCAGCUGCACGAGGGCUCGCAGCGUCCCGGUUCUGCUUCCGUGGCCCGCAGCGUAAUGAUGAAGGACUCUCCAUUCUACACAAACUACGAGAUGGACCUGAAGGAGACGCCACUCGGGGAGGGGAGCUUCUCCAUCUGCAGACCGUGUACCCACAGGAAGACUGGACAGAAGUAUGCUGUGAAGAUCAUCAGCAGAAGGAUGGAGUCCCAGACACAGAAGGAAAUCGCGGCCCUCAAGCUGUGCGACAGCCACCCAAACAUUGUCAAGUGCCACGAGAUCUACCACGACCAGCUGCACACGUACUUGGUCCUGGAGCUGCUGCGGGGUGGGGAGCUGCUGGAGAGGAUCCGCCGCAAACGCCACUUCAGCGAGACCGAGGCCAGCCGUAUCAUGCGCCGCCUGGCGUCGGCCGUCAGUCACAUGCACGACGUGGGCGUGGUGCACCGAGACCUCAAGCCGGAGAACCUGCUGUUCGCGGACGAGAGCGACGCGUCUGAGAUAAAGAUCAUAGACUUUGGUUUCGCCCGUCUCAAGCCGCCUGACAACCAGCUGCUGAAGACACCCUGCUUCACGCUGCAGUACGCGGCACCCGAGAUCCUCAAAUACGACGGUUAUGACGAGUCGUGCGACCUCUGGAGCCUCGGCGUCAUCCUGUACACCAUGCUGUCAGGACAGGUGCCCUUCCAGUGUCAGGCCAAGAGUCUCACCCAAACCACAGCUGAGGAAAUUAUGAAGAAGAUUAAACAGGGAGACUUUUCUUUCGAAGGAGACGCCUGGAGGAACGUAUCCCAGCAAGCCAAGGACCUAAUUAAAGAGCUGCUGACCGUUGACCCAGAUGAGAGGAUCAAGAUGUGCAGCCUGCGCCACAACGCCUGGCUCCAGGAUGACGGCCAGCUACCCUCCGGCCCUCUCAUGACCCCCGACGUUCUGGGUUCCUCCACCGCUUCCGUGCACACCUGCGUCAAGGCCACCUUCAGCGCCUUCAACAAGUGCAAACGCGAGGGCUUCCGACUGCAGACUGUGGAUAAGGCUCCGCUGGCCAAGAGGAGAAAGAUGAAGAAGACCAGCACCAGCACGGAGACACGGAGCAGCUCUGGAGAGAGCUCAUGCUCCUCCUCCUACUCCUCUUCGCAAUCGCAGGAGCAGACCCCUCCACCUAGGAACUCCACCCCAAGGACCGGUGCCAGCCCCCUCGCCCUCAGCCUUGUCCCAGACAUCCGCACAGAAUGCGGGCGAUGUCCGGCCAGCAACAUUUUUAAUUUUUCAGAGUGAACUGAGGGAAUGACCAAACCCACCCUGCCAAAAAAAAAAGAAAACUGCAAAAUGACACUGGAAGGUUAUUUUUGUCACAUGUGGAGCAAGACGCACACUUCCAAAUGCACAAUCCCUUGGAAUCCCUCCUCCAGCAUUCCUAGCAAUAGAGGCGCCAUCGAGCGGGGCUCGGGACCAGUGGAUUCGGACUGGCCCGGAAUCUCUGUACUGGGCUCAGUGUUUCUCCCGCUCCAUGUUCAGGGACGGGCUGAGAGACGACAUCUCAACUGCAUCCACGCAGAUUCACAGCUUACUCCGACAGGCAGAAAUGCGCUGAGAUGUUCAUUCAAAAGCAUUAAUCAUAUUUAGAAGCAUAGAUUCUAAACUAUGAUCAGGCUUAGUGUAUAGGUCUUAUAAUUUAUUCCUCUCUAGUAUGCGAGGAAAUGAGUGUUUGUUUUGUUGAGUGAUUGAUUCUGCUUUGUCACAUCUUUAGGUUCAUACAGGUCAGGCCUUGUGGCGCUCAGGUGUUUAUGUGAAGUUGUUUCUUAGCACAGACAACAGUUCUCAUAUAGUGUAGAUAAGCUGUGUUGUAGAGUUCCGUAAGUAUAAGAUACUGGACUUUAAUGCUUAUACAUUUCUGUUAUCUGAUUAUUGAUUCUGCUUCAUAGUGUUAAAAGAAAGGGAAAUUUAUCUGGAUCUAUCAUAACUUGAGAUAUUUAUGUCUUGUAAUACAGAAAGAUAAGUUUUAAAAUAUAUAUUUUUUCAGGCUAGGGGUACUUUGCCAUGGAUGACCUAUGGAUGCACUUGGCCUUGCUUUUCAAACUGUGGCUCAAGAAGCUGGUAUCUGAGUCUGUGCUGAAUUAUUGACAUGUUUCAGCAACACUUUGAUCAGAAUGCGUUUUCCCCCAAAGAGUGGCUUCACCUUGGGGAGCAGUGUAGAAGAUGCUGAUGACAGACUUGGUGGUGGUCAGACAUUGACAUGCGGUUAGUGUAUUAUAGACAAUCCUGGAUCCUGAGGGCUGAAGAGCUGUUAGCUGCCAAAUGUUUAGUUGCGCAUAGUCAGUUGGCUCCAGUACUCAUCAAACUAAAGCAAUAAUCUUCAAGUAUUUUUUGCUUUCACACAACAGUUAUGCAGUUUCUUAUGCUUUCAUGCGCUGAUGUUACACUGGGGGUACGGAUGGUGAUUUUAUGUCUCGACAUCCUCACUGAUCACAUCGAACCUGACGUGGAAAUGGCGACUGUUAAAAGCAUCUCAACCAGGGACGACAAGUGCGUCUCGGAGUUAUUUCAGACAGGACGCAGAAUUUUGACAGACCAAUGUCAAGAUUAGGGAAGUGGAAAAACAACUGUGAUAUGUAUUGGGACUUUGUCCCUUCCGCAAGGCAGCUGAGUAAACUACGUUUUAUAAAAAUUAAACCAGUAGGGCCAGGUAUGGUGUUUUUUCACACGAAUCAGUUUCUAUGCAAUGGCUGGGCGAUAUCAUUAAAGCAGUCUCAGCUGAAAGCUCAUCAUUGUUUUAUGGGUUUUGUUAAGUGUCAUAAAGCAGCAGAGUCAGUGAUUUAUUGUUUGGCCAGAGUGUUAGUAGAUGUGGUGGGCAGCGGUCAAGGUUAACAAUCGCUUGUUUACAUAAGAUGAAGACCCAAUUAAAGGUCGUGUCCCAGGCCCCCAUUUGGAAUUUUGAGGGCAGACUCUGAAUUUCAGUUUCUUGUUAAAUGCACAGGUUUGACCAAAUACUAAAAAAGUAGAAAGCUGGGUAGAGAACUUAAGCCUGCAGUCAAAACCAGGCCUAAGCUGUUUAGUGUCAAAGGCCACAGUCCGGUUCCUCUCCCCGCCAACAGACACCCUGACACGUCACAUUAGAGCUCCGCUCUCCCUCUCGGUCCGUCUCACACCGGUCCUCUUCCCGCCUCGUGUGGAAGUAAAACAAGUAGAACAAAGAGGCGGUCUUCUGUCCUCGGCCGAGCCGGCCGCUGGCUGCGAGAUGGGCCGCGUGAGUGUGUUUGCCGCACUGAUUUUUGAUGUAGAGGAGGAUGCCGAGUCCCUCCCCAAGCACUCGGAGGCUACCGUGGUAAAGAUGGAAAUCCCGUUUGUAAGGGUUUGAAAGGGACACGGUACUUUGGAGUUUUUUUAAUACCUCGGGGAUGGGGUGCUGUUUUCGUUUCUCUUGCGUUGUUUUCUUUCAGGUCUGGACUCGUGUGUUUGUGCACUGAUUUAUUCGCCUGCGGAUGCUCUGUUCUGAGCUUCGGAACCGGUAAAAGAGAACAAAACCCGCUCUAAAUUCCAGGUUAUUUGUGAGACUGUUAUUAGUUCAUCGAUGCUGACAACUUGGUGGACUUGCAAGGCUUGCGACUUGUGCCCGAGGCACGCGUUUGGCUGUCUCGGCUGCUGCCGGUGCUGCGCAGCGUUGACUCCUUGUUCCGUUUUCAGUGUCUGCGAACGGGGCAGCCGUUUACACACCGCUAAUUCAGAAGACGACAAUCAAAACGGUGUGCUCUUUUACCGGAAUCUUCUUCUCGCUUUUACUGAUGCUGAUCCAAGAGAAAAGUCCCUUUAGUGACGUCCGACAGGUUGAGAACAAAGCCAUUCUGGAAAUGUUUGUCAACGUUUCUUAAAAUGCUUUUCGGAAAAAUAAUUUGCGCAGCAGUGUGAGCCCGGGGUGUGUAAAUGGUGCAGGGGUAUUAGCGCGUUAAUGGUUUGGUCCUUUCGUAGCUCCUCCUCUCUGCUCUCAGCGACACGGAGACACAAGGAGGUUGCGGAAGGGCGCGGACGAGAUGUGGCCUCAGAGCUCAGAGCUUUGGUUGACGGCCCCCUGUCCUCCCAGCACCAUGUUACUACUGGACCGGGUUCAAGUCCGACAAACCAGCAGGUCCUGUGGAUUUCCGGCACGGAUCUUUUACCGAACUACUGAGAGAGAGAAAAAAAUUGUUUUCAUAAGACUGGAUGCGUACAUAGGGGGGCGCGGUGG